UUUCCCGCCAUUCCCUCUUUCCUAAUUCCCUCCUUUCUUCCUUUGCACACUUCUCCAUAGACAAAUUCCAUUUCCAUAUUGAAUGUUGCCGUUGCGCUCAUGCUGUCACCAUUUCACUCAACCUUCUCUUUACAACCGUCUCCUUUUCUCCCUUAAACCCUCUUCAGUCUUUCUCCUUAUAUCCCCCUUUAAUCCCCUUAAAACCCUUACACCCCUUUUCCUAAACCCUAAUUCAAGAACCAUGUCCACUCGUCCCUCUGCUUUCGAUGUCCUUAUGGCAAAUUCCAAGAAAAAAACCCCAACACAAGAUUCUUCACCCAAGAAACGCAAAACCCCAGAAGCUGAAACUUCUAAUAAAACUGCUAUUCUCGAAAAUCAUAAUCAAGAUUCAGUUUUGAAGCCAAAUGAGGACACCCAUUUGGUUAAUGAGUCGAAAAGUGAAGAGGUUUUGGUGAAGAAACAGAAGAUGAUAAGUCCAGAUGAGAGUGUGACUGAGCUGAAGAAAAAAGCCGCUAGCUUUGAUCCAAGAAAGGCUGCAUAUUGGAGGGAUGGUGAGAGAGUGCCAUUCAUGUUUGUAGUUAAGGCGUUCGAUGCGAUUUCGAAGGAGUCAGGAAGAAUUGUAAUUACUGAAAUUGUGACUAAUAUGUUGAGGACUGUGAUUGAGACGACGCCCGAGGAUUUGUUGCCUGUUGUGUACCUUUCGGCUAACAAGAUUGCAGCUGCACAUGAUGGUUUGGAGCUUGGUAUUGGAGAUGCUUCGAUUAUCAAGGCACUUGCUGAAGCUUGUGGCACUAAAGAAGCACAUAUUAAGAAGCAAUAUAAGGAGCUUGGAGACUUGGGCCUUGUUGCAAAAGCAAGCCGCUCAUCACAACCUCUGAUGCGAAAACCAGAAGCAUUGACUGUUGCUAAAGUUUUUGACACGUUUCGGAUUAUUGCCAAGGAAUCUGGGAAGGAUAGUCAGGAAAAGAAAAAGAAUUACAUUAAAUCACUACUUGUUGCAGCUACUGAUUGUGAACCCCAAUAUUUGAUUCGUCUCCUCCAGACAAAGCUACGCAUUGGUUUGGCUGAACAAACACUCUUAGUCGCACUUGCUCAUGCUUCUGUGUACUCAGAUAAGCAUUCAUCACCUCCUGCAGGUCUAGAUUCUCCUUUGGAAGAGGCUGCCAAGAUUGUAAAGCAAGUGUACUCUGUAAUUCCGGUUUAUGAAAAAGUUGUUCCUGCUCUUCUAGCUGAUGGUGUUUGGAAGCUUUCAGAAACAUGCAACUUCUCACCUGGUGUUCCGGUUGGACCUAUGCUAGCUAAGCCAACCAAAGGAGUAUCUGAAAUUCUUGAUAAGUUUCAGGAUAUGGAGUUCACAUGUGAAUACAAGUAUGACGGUGAACGUGCUCAGAUACACUACAUGGAAGAUGGUUCUGUUGAGAUAUACAGCCGAAAUGCAGAAAGAAAUACUGGAAAAUUUCCCGACGUUGUUGCUGCUAUCUCAAGAUUGAAGAAAUCUUCUGCAACAUCAUUUGUUCUUGAUUGUGAACUGGUCGCAUAUGACCGUGAGAAACAGAAGAUCCUGCCCUUUCAGAUCCUCAGUACGCGUGCUCGUAAGAAUGUUGUCAUGAGUGAUAUCAAGGUCAACGUUUGCAUAUAUGCUUUUGAUAUCUUGUAUCUUAACGGACAACCACUUCUUCAAGAGCAACUUAAUGUUCGCAGAGAGCAUCUUUACAAGUCAUUUGAAGAAGAACCCGGAUAUUUCCAAUUUGCUACAGCUGUAACCUCAAACGAUCUUGAGGAAAUAACGAAAUUUCUUGAAGCUGCAGUGAAUGACAGUAAUGAGGGAUUGAUAAUCAAGACACUAAGUAGAGAUGCUACAUAUGAGCCUUCAAAGCGGUCAAAUAACUGGCUAAAACUGAAGAAGGACUACAUGGAAAGUAUUGGCGACUCACUGGAUUUGGUACCAAUUGCUGCUUUUCAUGGUCGGGGGAAACGUACUGGUGGUUACGGAGCCUUUCUCCUAGCUUGUUAUGAUAGCAACAACGAGGAGUUCCAGAGCAUCUGUAAAAUUGGAACUGGAUUUUCUGAAGCAAUGCUUGAAGAACGCUCUUCCAGCCUUCGUUCCAAAGUUAUUCCGAAACCAAAGUCAUAUUACAGGUAUGCGGAAACCAUCAAUCCAGAUGUAUGGUUUGAACCUACCGAGGUAUGGGAAGUGAAAGCAGCUGAUCUUACCAUCAGCCCUGUCCACCGUGCUGCGCAAGGUAUCGUGGAUCGCGAUAAGGGAAUAUCUUUAAGAUUUCCACGUUUGAUUCGUGUACGAGAAGACAAGAAUCCCGAACAGGCCUCAUCAGCAGACAUGGUCGCGGAUAUGUUCAAUGCACAGAAGCACAAUCAUAAAAAUGAUAAGGAUGAUAAUGAAGAAGACUAAUCAAAGUUCACUUCACGUCUAAAGCUGAUGAGGAUGACAAUGAAGAAAUUAAUCAAAGAUCGCUUCACGUCUUUUAUCUAAAUGAACGAUCAUGUCUGUUGUACAGAUUGAUAUCCUUGGCGUAAGUUGGGUCUUAUAUUUUCAUUCCCUCAAUUGAUUUGCUGACCCUACGAAAAGAGAGUAGAGUUAAUGAGAAUUCAUCUGUUGGAGGUAAAAUGGUGCUUCUUACCAUUUGUUAGUUGCCUCUAUCAAUUUUCAAUCUUGUACUCCAGUGUCAACACUCUGUAUGUAUACUUUGAUUAGUUGAAAAGUGAAAUAUGUCAAGCCUUUCCGACGAGAAACUUUGCUAUACUGGAAGCAUAGAUCUGUAUAAUCUUUUCAAAAAUAAAAACUGACCCUUACUAUGGUAUUGGAACCCGCGCGUAGCAGAAGCUUAGUGCGCUGGGCUGCCUGACUAUGGUAUUGUUCCUAA